UAUUCAUUAUGUAAUGAGCCUCUGAUAGAGCUGUCAAACCCUGGUGCCAGCGGCUCCCUCUUCUACGUCACCAGCGACGAUGAAUUCAUCAUAAAAACUGUGAUGCACAAGGAAGCUGAAUUCCUACAGAAGCUCCUCCCUGGCUACUACAUGAAUCUAAACCAGAACCCACGGACACUGCUGCCAAAGUUCUAUGGGCUGUACUGUGUGCAGUCAGGGGGCAAAAACAUCCGCGUGGUGGUGAUGAACAACAUCCUGCCCCGCGUGGUGAAGAUGCACCUGAAAUUUGACCUCAAAGGCUCCACCUAUAAACGCCGGGCAUCCAAGAAGGAAAAAGAGAAGUCCAGCCCUACGUACAAAGAUCUGGACUUCAUACAAGACAUGCCUGAAGGCCUGAUGUUGGAUGCAGACACCUUCAGUGCACUGGUGAAAACGUUGCAACGAGACUGUCUGGUGUUGGAAAGUUUUAAAAUCAUGGACUACAGCCUCCUGCUUGGGGUUCAUAACAUAGACCAGCAAGAGCGGGAGAGGCAGUCGGAGGGAGCCCACAGCACGUCGGAUGAGAAGCGUCCCGUGGGGCAGAAGGCACUUUACUCCACAGCCAUGGAGUCCAUCCAGGGUGGGGCUGCCCGGGGGGAGUCCAUAGACACCGACGACACGAUGGGAGGAAUCCCAGCAGUGAAUGGCAAAGGAGAGCGUCUCCUGCUCCACGUGGGAAUAAUAGAUAUCCUUCAAUCAUACAGGUUCAUCAAGAAGCUAGAACAUACCUGGAAGGCUCUUGUCCAUGAUGGGGACACGGUGUCAGUACACAGACCCAGCUUUUAUGCAGAGAGAUUCUUCAAAUUCAUGACCAACACGGUGUUUCGAAAGAAUUCCUCUCUGAAGUCCUCUCCCUCAAAGAAAGGGCGCAGUGCCUUGCUCGCUGUCAAGACAGCUGGUCCAACAGCCGCGUUCUCAGCCAGCCAGCUUCCCUCUGAAAAGGAUGAAACACAGUAUGAUCUUCGUGCAGCCAGGAGUUACCCCACCCUGGACGAUGAAGGCAGGCCAGACCUGCUACCCUGCACACCUCCUUCCUUUGAAGAAGCUACCACGGCCUCCAUAGCCACAACACUAUCUUCAACUUCUCUCUCUGUUCCCGAGCGAUCCCCUUCAGAGACCUCUGAGCAGCCCAGGUACAGGAGGCGCACACACUCCUCAGAGCAGGAUGGCAGGUGA